GUGGAGUGGGAGGAGUGGGCCGGGUGCGGCGAGGCGUUUGGUUCUGGCGAGGGUGAGUGGCGUCUCACUGUGGCCGACGCCGAGGGCAACAUCGAGACACACGUGGCAGACUUUGUGGUUCUUUGCAUUGGGCGGUUUAGUGGUGUGCCCAACAUACCCACUUUCCCUCCAGGCAAAGGUCCAGAAGCAUUUGAUGGGCAGGUGAUUCACACCAUGGAUUACGCCAAAAUGGGCACCAAGAAAGCUACCGAAAUGUUAAAGGGCAAGCGUGUGACUGUCAUUGGCUACUUGAAAUCAGCUCUCGACGUAGCUGCCGAAUGUGCAGACGUAAAUGGUACUGAACAUCCAUGUACAAUGGUUGUCCGAACAAAGCAUUGGAUCAUACCAAGCUACUAUGCGUGGGGUUUCCCUAUAGCAAACUUAUAUCUAAAUCGCUUCUCUGAAUUACUUAUCCACAAGCCUGGUGAGGGCUUCCUACUAUGCCUCUUAGCCAUCAUCUUGACUCCCCUGAGGUGGUUGUUCUCAAAGUUUGCUGAGAGCUACUACUCCAUCCCCAUGAAGAAGCAUGGCAUGGUACCUGAGCAUAGCUUCUUUGAGGCACUAGUGACAUGCUUGAUUGCCAUUACACCAAAGGACCACUACAAGAGACUAGACGAAGGCAGCAUUAUUCUGAAAAAGUCCAAGACCUUUAGCUUCUGCAAGGAAGGUGUAGUUGUUGAAGGUGAAUCUUCGCCGAUAAAGAGCGAUAUAGUGAUCUUCGGAACGGGAUUCAAGGGAGACCAAAAGAUCACGAACAUGUUUACUUCAGAAUACUUUCAGAGUAUUGCAGUUGGGCCAAUAUCCUCAACUGUACCUCUCUACAGGGAGUGCAUACAUCCUAAGAUUCCACAACUCGCGGUCCUCGGUUAUUCAGAGAGUCUAGCGAAUCUGUAC